AUGAUGGCAGUUUUCGUGAUUGGAGCUCUCGCCUCGGCGGACUGGGCACCCGUCCAGCAUUUGAUGGACCGAUUCGCCUUCCUUCCAAAGAUGGCGUUUACUGCGGGAACAACCAGCGGCCGCGCGCACACCUACACCAAGGGAGGGUUCACGAUGUCCACUCGAAAUGUCAUGGCGUCGGCUUCCAAAUUCCCGGCCGCGCUGGCCGUCGCCGGCGCCGUCCAGGCCAAGCAUCUUGGAUUCGACACACCCGCCCACGCCGUGUUUCCGUGGUGGGCCCACGAUCCGGCCGACAACCGCAGCGCCGUCACCCUCCGGCACUUGCUCACCCUCACGUCGGGACUCGUGAGCGACGACUUCUCGUCGUGUGGGAUGCCCUGCCUCGACCUCACGCCGCCGCCUCUGGGCAAUGCAACCAAGUACACGCCGGAGGAGUGCGCGCGCGAGAUCUACGAUCGCGGCCCGUGGCGCGCCUCGCCGGGUGAGGAAUGGUCCUACCACUCUCUCCACCUGCAGCUCGCGGGGGCGAUGGCGGCCAAGGCGGCCAAGAUGACUGUCGGCGAGCUGCUCGACACCUUUCUGCUGCGCAAGCUGCAGAUGAACUCGUCCUUUUGGCUCUGGCAAAAGACCAACCCGCACCUCGCCGCGAUGUUGGCUGUCCUCUCGGAGAUGGAGGCCGACGCGUACACGACCUACCCGGCCCUCGUUGCGGCGAACAACGUCAAGGACCUCCGGCUCAAGUUUUACGGCCACUACUCGAUGUGCCUCUACUUUGAGUGCGUGGCGCAGCCGUGGAGCCAGGCGUGUGAGCGCGCGGCGGUGCACGCCGACCCCGGCGCCUUUGGCUACUGGCCGCUCAUCAACCGGGAGAAGAACUACUACCUGCAGCUCGUCGUCUCGCGGCACGUCGCGCUGCCGCAGUGGGCGCUCAAGCUCUUCCACAUCCGCAAGUCCGACGUGGCGGCGCUGCCGGCGGAGUGCGUCGCGCCUCUCCGCUUCUCCCUGACGGCGCCCGUCGAGAAGGCGCUCAGUCUGCCGGGCACGCCGAUGCCGCCGCCAGACCUGCCACUGAACCUGUCGGUCAUCUGCGCCAUCGCGGCGCACUACCACCCUCUCGAGGCGGAGGUACCGGCGGAGGCCGCCGUGCCGGAGGGUGAGGCGGCACUGCUCGGCCGGCUCCGCUCCAUGUUCUGA